UAACGCGUGUGUAUUUUUGUUUUCGUUGCGUGUUUUGAUCGACAAAGAAAAACGUCCUUAAAAAAACAGUGUGUUCGGCCAUAAAUGUUUAAAAAAAAACUGUGUGUUCGGGAAGCGGUUCUACGCAUGUGCGUUGUAUAUGUCAAUAUGCAUAGCGGCAGCCGUCAACGUGUUAGCUAGCGCGUGUAUUUUAUUUUAUUUAAAAGACUUAAAUACUGAUUUUGUUCAAGAUGAUUAACGAGUCUGCAAUAAAUUUGGACCGGAUUUUGCAGCAGUUGGGCGCGUUCGGAAAGUACAAUAUUGUGAACUAUGCGUUGUUAUUGUUUCCGAUUUAUUUGGCGGGAAUGUACGGUUCUGUGUUUGUGUUCGAGGCCAGCGAUAUAAAUUACAGAUGUAAAAUAGAACAAUGCGAAGGCCUCAAUGAUACAAGCUGGCUAACCAGCGCUUUACCUCUUGAGGGCGACCGAUUAUCCAAAUGUAAGAGGUAUGCAGCUAUAGUCGGCAACGAGACCUGCAGUGCUGCUACAUUUAAUACGAACAUCACCAUAGGAUGUGAUGCUAUACAGUACAGCGAUGAGGAUUCAGUAGUCAGAGAUUUUGAUUUAGGAUGCCAAAACUGGAAGAGAACAUUAAUCGGGACCAUCCACAACUCAGGGCUAUUCGUGUCCCUGCCACUCACGGGAAUAAUGUCAGACAGAUUCGGGAGGAAAAAAGCUUUAGCCGUCGCAUCCCUCAUGAAUGGGAUAUUUGGAUUCGCAAGAUCUUUUUCUGUCAAUUACGUCAUGAUGGUCGUAUUUGAGUUUUUGGAAGCAGCGCUGGGAGCAGGAGCAUACACUACUGCAUUUGUAUUAGCAAUGGAGCUAGUGGGGCCUAAAGGCCGAGUCUUUGGUAACACUUUAAUUAACUUCAUAUUCACCUUCGGCUUGAUGACUCUACCUGGCCUGUCUUGGUGGCUACAAGACUGGAGACAGCUUCUAAGAAUUAUAUACGCCCCCGCCAUGUUGGUUCUGUCUUACAUCUGGUUACUGAACGAAAGUGUGCGAUGGUUGUUAAGCAAAGGACGUAACGAGGAAGCUGUAGAAAUCCUCAAAAAAGCUGCCAAAAUGAACAAUGUUGAUGUUUCCGAAGAACUUAAUCCAAUAUUCGAAAUGAAAGUAACUGAACCUCAAGAAAUUAAAAAAGUAGACAGAGAAAACGGAGGAACAUCUUCUUUUGUAAAAGUGCUCAAAUCUAGGAUUAUAAGAACAAGAGUGAUCGUGUGUUCAUUUUUGUGGAUAACAUGUACUUUUGUGUAUUACGGACUUUCUAUUAAUUCAGUGGGGCUAGGCGGUAACAAGUAUGUGAACUUUAUGUUAGUUGGGUUUGUGGAGAUCCCAGCGAAUUUUGCGUGUUUAUUAGUAUUGGACAGAUUUGGUAGGAAGAAGAUUUUGAUAAUAAUGUACAUUUUAAGUGCGUGCCUGUGCAUCGGUCUAUCAUUUAUACCAAAAGACCAAAAACUCCUGUCUCUCAUCAUAUACCUCUCUGGAAAAUUCUCAAUUACGGUAGCCUACAGCUCCGUGUACAUCUACGUAUCCGAGGUGUUUCCGACGAGCGUCCGACAAUCUCUACUGGCGAUAUGUUCCUCGCUGGGCCGUAUCGGUUCGACGUUGGCUCCACUCACACCUCUGCUGGCCCUGUACUACGACAACCUGCCAUCCAUAUUCUUUGGCAGCCUCGCGCUGACUGCCAGCGCCAUGGUCCUCAUUCUACCGGAGACCCUCAACGUGCCGCUACCAGACACUAUUGAGGAGGCCGAACGACUAGCGAGGCCGAAAAGUGUCAGUGCAGAGUAAAUAACUGUGAAUAUGGCUGUGCCGGUAUACAGUGUUUUAUAUUUAGUUUAGCCGACCAUAAUAAAAAUAAAUUGUAACGGCCUAAUUCGAACAAUGCUUAUAAGAUGUCACACCGAUACGAUACUGAUCUGUCAGUGUCAAGUGAUUUCUUCAACCAAGAACGUCACUUUUGACACUGAGAGAUCGGUAUCGUAUCGGUGUGGCAUCUUAUAAGCAUUGUUCGAAUUAAGCCGUAUAGCCGAAUGUAAAAUCCAAAAUUUUGUAGUGAAUUUUUUUACCCAUAAUGUAGAGUUGUUUUGUUCGAAAAUUAAACAAAACAAAAGAAAUGCAACUGUUCCAAAUGUAUAUGAUUACAGAUGGGUCUGUAUGCAAACAACCAUUCAUCCAUUAUAGGCGACGAGUAGAAAAA